AUGAUCAUAAUAACUUGGGUUAUUAUCAAACGGUGUUUUUCCCGUACGUCUGCGACUAAUACGGCGGGACGGACUAGCAGCGUUACGGUGGUGCGUCCGUCGCAGCCUUCCUUUGCACCACCAACUCAUACGACUAGUGCUGCCACACGACUGAGUCAAGAUACGAGAAGACCUUUUGUUUCCACAGGAACUAGAGGCACUGCUAGUACCUCGAAAACAACAAGCAGUGGAGGUGCUAGCAGGUAUGGUGGUGGUGGUGGUGGUGAUGGUGGUUAUGGUGGUGGUGGUGGUGGUUACGGUGGAGGUGGUGAUGGGGGAGGAGUAGGCGGGGGCGGGAAUGGAGGCGGCGGAGGGGGCAAUGGCGGAGGUGGAGGGGGCAAUGGUGGGGGUGGUGGAAAUGGUGGCGGGGGCUGUAAUAAAUCAAGAAAUACUACGGCGGCGGCGAGUUCAAGAACGACGGCCCCUCAGCUGCAAAGUCCACCAACUAUAUAUCCUGACCUUGAAAAGGGCCAGACUGAUAGUGCAAGUAGGUAUAGUGGCGGUGGUGGGUAUGGUGGCGAUGGGUAUAGUGGUGGCGGACAUUUUGGUGGCGGUGGAUUUGGCGGUGGCGGUGGAUUUGGUGGUGGUGGAGAUGGUGGAGGAGGACAUGGAGGUGGAGGAGGACAUGGAGGUGGCGGUGGGCAUGGAGGUGGAGGAGGUGGUGGGGGAGGAGAUGGAGGAGGUGGAGGAGGAGGUGGCGGUGGAGGUGGUGGCGAUGGAGGAGGCGGUGGGUGCUAA